AGGGAAUAGGGAUAGACCCGUUUGAUUAAGUACGGUAGCUCGAAUGAGUUGUUGGGUUCUUGCAGAGGCCAGAGAGGUUGCACCAAGGGUUUAAGAGAGAGGUGGUGCUUUCAUUGCUUUGAAGGGUUGGGCUGCAAUUUGGUGAAUCAGCUGCAAUGGUUUCCCUAUCGACUUGGUACCGAUACCUGGGCCACAAAUUCGAAUACGCCGUCACUCUCGGCUGGAAGAGCUAUCAGAGAGGUCAAAUCAGUGAGAGAGAAAUUGGGGAUGCAGUUUGGAAAAAUCUAUUUCAAGGAAAGUUGACGUAUUUGCACUGGAGUGAAGGAAAGGAAAUGGUCCCUGCAAUAGGAGCGCAGGGAGGAACUCUUCUUGUCCGGAAAUUACCUUUUGCAGAUCCAAUGCGUGUUUUUGUUGGAGAUGUGGUGGUUUUGAAGGACCCUGAAAAGUCAAAUAACUAUCUUGUCAGAAGAUUAGCUGCUAUUGAAGGAUAUGAAAUGGUUUCCACAGAUGGAAAAGAUGAGCCUUUUGUUCUUGACAAGGAUGAGUGUUGGGUGUUGGCUGACACUGAAAACCUGAAGCCUAAGGAAGCCUAUGACAGUCGAUUAUUUGGUCCAAUUUCCAUGUCAAGCAUAAUUGGCAGAGUCAUAUAUUGUCUUAGAACAGCGGUCGAUCAUGGUCCUGUCCAAAACAGUCAUUUCAGCACGAAAAAGGACUCCCCAAUAUUGGAAGUGGAACUGGAUGUUGAUGAGAUGGUAAAAAAUCACAAAACAUAGAUUGUAUCAUGUGCUUCCCAGGCCAUUUUGGCUUGAAUGUACCAUGUUCUUCUGCCCAUUUUCCUUUUUGGAUGCCAAUAUCAUUUGUGAUUCAGUGGGAAGAAUAAAAGAUGAGAUCUUUUGGUUCAUCUAAUGUAGAGAGCUGGUGUAUCUAUUGGUUAGUCCUUGACCAGAUUUGUCGCAAACUCACAAUGAAUCCGGCUACUGGGGUCUUUCUUCUGAUUGAAGUGAUAGCAGCAGCUGAGCAAAGUUUGAAUUUCUACAUCAUUGCUCUGGAACUGUAUGUAGUUUUUGAAUUCUAGCCGAAGAAGAGGGAACAAAAUUGUCUUUGUUUUGGCCAACUUUCUUGUAACUCUUAAAUUAUCGGUCAUCUUUAUUUCCCAUUAGCUUGAUUGGAUUAGGAUCAAGUUCUCAACAUC